AUAACUUAUAUGCUCUUAAUCAAUGAAUUACUAGACAAAAAGUCCUUACUACAUUUAAAAUAUUAUACUUCUAAUCGGUUUCCUCAUAAAAUUUUAACUUGGGUAUGGGAGUUCUUUCAUCUUUACAUGCAAUUAGUACACUUUAUAAUCAAAUUAAUAUGAUUUACACAUAAUUUAAAGAAAUAUUAGUGUGACAAAGUGAUAAAAUGUAAGGUUGUGAAUGAAUAUAAUGAAAUGGAUAAGAAGGUAAAGGGUAAGGCCAGAAAGUGUGUGUGUGUGUGUAUGUUCUCCCAAAUGGCGAAAUGAAUGGUAAGAAGCCAAAAGUACAUCCAAAGCCAUGCCUACCCUUCUUGCCAACGCCAACAGUACUCUCUUCUCCUCACCCAUUUCCACUCCCCACAAAUCCCUCCACCGCCGCCACUUCCCCAUCAUCACCGCCUCCCUUCCCAUCCACCGUCGCCAUAUCGCCACAACCCUUGCAGUGGUGAUUGGGUUGCAAGCUGCAACACCCCUCGCGCUAGCCCAAAGUUGGGGUACACACUCGUUCAUUAAGGAGCGAUACUUCGAGCCCGGUUUGUCGGCCGAUGAGGCAGUGGCGAGGAUAAAACAGACGGCGGAAGGACUUCAUAGCAUCCGUGAGAUGCUUGAGACCACGUCAUGGAGGUAUGUCAUCUUCUACAUUCGUUUGAAGUCGGCCUACCUCUCCCAAGACUUGAAAACUGCCAUGACUACUUUGCCACAAGCUCGCCAAAACGAUUUCGUUAAAACCGCUAACGAGUUGGUCGAUAACAUGGCUGAGUUGGAUUAUUACGUUCGCACACCCAAGGUGUAUGAGUCAUAUUUGUACUACGAAAAGACAUUGAAAUCCAUUGAUGAUCUGGUGGCUUUACUUGCUUAGAGAUGUAAAUAAAAUAAUUAAUAUCAAAUGUUCUUCAUCCCACAAAAUUGAAUGCAUCAAAUUUGUAGAUUUGUGUUAUUGAUUUAA